AUGCAAGCGUCUUCAUUGACAACGACACGCGUUGCGCAUGUAGCGCUUCGCCACGCUUUCUGCCAGUUAAAUAGUCGCUCUCAUAUGCAGCGCUGCGUUCUGAGCCACCUGUCGCACCGAUUCAAGAGCUCUUUGGCGUCUGAAGCCGCUAGGGCCGAAGCGACGACGGACGUUGAAGUGGCUGACGGGUUCGAAGGUGUGGAGCCUCGUCGUCUCGUUGAAGCCGACUGGGCUGUACGUGCUCAACAGCUGACGCCUCGAUCGACGGUGGAGAAGCCGUUCCAGCUUGCACCGCUAUCGUUGGGUCUUCGAGACGCAAUCGCGCAAUGUGAGGAGCAGGUUUCUAAUUCGGCCGGACGUGCUUUCAAUAAGCGCUCAUUCAUGUCGGAUGAGGACGUGGACAAGUGGCUGGAGAAGUUUGAAGUCCCUGAAGAGCAAUUGGCUAAGUGCUCGACGCCUGAGGAGGUGCAGGAGAUGCGUCGGCGCUACGCGCGACAGCUCCGUCUUGAGUGUUCAGUGUAUGAGAUGGCAAUGGACAAGUACUCGUCGUCACACGAGAAGGUGCGGCAGCUUGGCCGGACGACGGAGACGAAUGCUGCAAAAGAUCUGAUCCGGAAGUGGAUGCCGGUAGCAAAGGCUUACAUUGAGUCGGAGCAGAAAAAGAUCAAAGCGGGGAAACACAGCACGGACAGCAAUAUUUACGGCCCCGCCUUGAUGAUCUUGAAAGCCGACGUGCUUGCUGCGACGGGGAUGAAUAUUAUGCUGAAUACGUGUUUGAUGGAACCCGAGGGGCCGAAGUUUAUCAAGUUGGCUCUGGCGAUGGGCAAGGCUGUGCAGGAAGAGAUUAUUGCCAGGAAAGAGGAAUCGGCAAAGCGGAACAACGGGAAGAUGGACAAGUUUGGUUUGAAGUUGAUUGAAGACGUGAAGCUAGAAAGUCUCAAGAAUCGCAUACGAGAGUACAUUGAUAAUGUCGGAGGCUGGGACAAACGUUUGCAGCUAAAGGUUGGUGCGGCGGUAGUCGAUUGCAUUCAGCGCACAUGUUAUGUGCCGAACAGGUCGGGCGAUGUGCUCACACCUGAGCUAUGCGCAGCCAAAGGGCUACCUACUCCCGAGCCAGCCUUUGUCCACAAUUAUGUGUUUGACCGCAAUCGCCGCGCGGGGGUGAUCCAGAUCCACCAGAGAAUGGCAGAGACAGUAUUGGCGACGAAUCCUGAUGCUAAUGUCCUGCCUUGGACCGCACGGUAUCUUCCAAUGCUUGUGCCUCCUCGUCCGUGGACCGGUAUCGUGAAUGGCGGGUACCUAAAGCUGCGCACAAAAGUAAUGCGACAACGUGACUCAGCCUGGCAAAUGGACUGCGUCCAACGUGGUGAUUUGGAUGGAAUUUUGAAAGCGUUGAACCUCAUGGCAGAGGUGCCGUGGGUAAUCAACAAGGAAGUGUUGAACGUCGUGCUUCAGAUCUGGGAGGAUGGCGGGAACUUUGGUGAUCUGCCUACUCGCAUAGAUGUUCCUAUUCCGGACCCAAACAGCCCAGAGUUUGUAAAUGAUCCAGCACUCUACUACAAGAACGUCCGCAAGAUCGAACAACUGAACCGGGAGUUUCAUUCGUUGCGCUGCGAUACUUUGUAUAAGCUCCAGGUUGCGGAGGAGUUCAAGGAUGAACCCGAGCUUUAUUUUCCGUACAACAUGGACUUUCGCGGUCGUGUGUAUCCGAUCCCGCCCAACCUGAAUCACCUGGGCUCCGAUCUUUCCCGAAGUCUGCUUAUUUUUCGUGACCGUAAGCCAUUGGGUGAACAUGGAUUGCGCUGGAUGAAAAUUCAUCUGGCCAAUGUCUUUGGUGUGGACAAGUGCUCAUUCGAUGAGCGUGUGGAAUUCGCGGAUGCGAAUCUGGACAAAGCUGUGGUAUCGGCGCGUGACCCACUUGGUGAGGGUGAUAGCGCAUGGUGGAAGGCUGCCGACUACCCGUUCUUGGCGCUGGGUGUGUGCUUUGAGCUCAAACGCGCAAUCGAGUCCCCUGACCCAACGAAGUACAUGUCCAAUAUCCCAAUUCACCAGGAUGGCUCAUGCAACGGUCUUCAACACUAUGCCGCUCUUGGCCGUGAUGACCGUGGUGGUGCCCAAGUCAAUUUGGUGCCAGCGCCCCGUCCGAGUGACGUUUACACGGGCGUGGCAACGCAGGUACUGGCCAAAGUGGAACACGAUGCCGCCUUAGAUGUGCCUGACGUGAAGUACGUCAACUCGAUGCUGGAAAGCGCUUCCGGCACACAUAGAACUGAGCUUCAGAAGCUGCAGAGUCAGGCUCACCGAAAAAGAUGCGCUCAGUUCCUGCAAGGUAUCAUUACGCGCAAGGUGGUGAAGCAGACAGUGAUGACGAGUGUGUAUGGUGUAACGUAUAUUGGUGCUCGCAAACAGAUUUCCGCUCGUCUGCACGAGACGUUCCUCACGAAGGGACAUAUCAUGGACGAUCAAUUGGAGGACGACAUUUAUCAUGCCGCGUGCUACUGUGCCGAGUUGACAAUGGGUUCAAUGGGUGAUUUGUUCACCUCCGCACGUGGGAUCAUGGGCUGGUUGGCUAAGUGCGCUGCCCAGGCGGGUGAAAGUGGACAACCCAUGUCUUGGAUCACACCCCUGGGUCUGCCUGUGGUACAGCCGUACCGCAGCAAGUCUACGAAACAGGUGCGCACGAAGGUGCAGCACGUGCUGAUGGUGGAAAAUGAAGGACGGCAAGUAAGCAUUGGACGCCAGAAGUCAGCUUUUCCACCCAACUUUGUUCACUCGCUGGAUUCGACACACAUGAUGCUGACCGCGCGUCGCUGCCUCGAGGAUGACCAGAUCUCGUUUGCUGCCGUGCACGACAGUUACUGGACGCACGCGUGCUCUGUGGACACUAUGAACAGGCGACUACGCGAGGAAUUUGUGAAUUUGUACGAACGUCCUUUGCUGGAAGAUCUGCUGACGGAGCUGCGGUUGCGUUUUCCUGAUAUGACGUUUGACGAUGUGCCUCGGCUGGGCACAUUGGAUCUCCGCAGUGUGCUCGACAGCCCUUAUUUCUUCAACUAA